CAUGGGAGAGUUGUCUCUGUUCAGACUGAACCUUCACUGAGAGCAGCGUGACGUGUGAGAGGAGUUCCUGCCCUUGUUUCUCGCAGUUUGGUUUGCAGAGGGCAGGAGAACGAGUCGUGGAAGUGGCGCUCCUCUACGCUGACUCGUCGUGGAGGUGUAAACAAGAGGAGCUGUAAGUGUUUCUGGCCCUUCUCCUUUACUGAGGGCGCAGGGAGCGAAGAGACGGAGAAGCUGAAAGAACGUGACUGUGUUGCCCAUGGACAAAGGUGCAUGAGAAGGUGCAGUUGAAGAGGAGGAGGAGCAGACUGAGGGGAACUCUCUCAACACGACAGGAUGAGGUACCAAGGCAGGGAGGUGGAUGUUGAGGGUCGUGUGCGCUUGGUGAUGGAGAGCGCUCUGACCGCCCGCGACAGAGUCGGGGUGCAGGACUUUGUCCUGCUGGAGAACUACAACAGUGAAGCAGCUUUCAUCGAGAACCUGAGGCGACGCUUCAGAGAGAACCUCGUCUAUACGUACAUCGGCUCGGUUCUGGUGUCGGUGAACCCGUACAAAGAGCUAGAGAUUUACUCCAAGCAGCAGAUGGAGCGGUACAGAGGGGUCAGCUUCUACGAAAUAUCGCCUCACAUCUACGCCAUCUCAGACAACACAUACCGGGCCAUGAAGACAGAGAGGAAGGACCAGUGUAUCCUUAUAUCUGGUGAGAGUGGAGCAGGUAAAACCGAGGCCUCCAAGAAGAUCCUCCUGUACUACGCUGUCACCUGCCCCACCAACAGCCACGUGGAGACCCUCGGUGAUCGCCUCCUGCAGUCCAACCCGGUCCUGGAGGCGUUCGGUAACGCCAAAACGCUGAGGAACGACAACUCCAGUCGCUUUGGAAAGUACAUGGACAUCCAGUUUGACUUUAAGGGAGCACCAAUAGGAGGCCACAUCCUGAACUACCUGCUGGAGAAGUCCCGAGUCGUGCACCAGAACCACGGAGAAAGAAACUUCCACAUCUUCUAUCAGCUCCUCGAUGGAGGUGACGCCGACCUGCUCAACACGCUGAACCUGGAGAGAAACCCUCAGAACUACCGCUACCUGGUCAAAGGUAACUGUCCCAGAGUCAGCUCCAUAAGUGACAAGAAUAACUGGAAAGUUGUGACGAAGGCGCUGGGUGUGAUCGGCUUCAGCGCAGAAGAAGUUCAGAUGUUGCUGAACAUCAUUGCCAGUGUUCUCCAUCUGGGUAACACUCUCUUUGGGGAAGGGGAAGAAGGAGAAACUUACAUCACCACUGAGACCCAGCUAUCCUGCCUUGCUAAGCUGCUGAGCGUGGAUGGCUCAGCGCUGAAGGAGGCACUCACUCAUAAGAAACUGACAGCUAAAGGAGAUGAGAUGAUCAGCCCGCUAACUUUUGAGCAGGCAGUGUCGGCUCGGGAUGCUUUAGCCAAGGCUGUGUAUGGUCGGACCUUCAACUGGUUGGUGGAGAAGAUCAAUCAGUCACUUGCUGUAAAGGAUGAAAUCUAUCACAGCAGCAAAGGCUCAUCCGUCAUUGGACUUCUAGACAUCUACGGGUUUGAGGUCCUGCAGCACAACAGUUUUGAGCAGUUCUGCAUCAAUUACUGCAACGAGAAGCUCCAGCAGCUGUUCAUUGAGCUCACGCUCCGAUCUGAGCAGGAGGAGUAUGAGACAGAGGGGAUUGCUUGGGAGCCAGUGCAAUACUUUGACAACAAGAUCAUUUGUGACUUGAUAGAGGAGAAGCACAAAGGCAUCAUCGCCAUUCUGAACGAGGAGGGGCUGAGACCCGGAGAGACUUGCGACACCUCAUUUUUGGAGAAAUUGGAAGACACAGUGGGCGGUCAUCCCCAUUUUAUCACGCACAAGUUAGCAAACGGAAAAACCCGCAGAAUAAUGAGCAGGGAGGAGUUCAGGCUGCUGCAUUAUGCAGGAGAGGUCAACUACAACGUUAACGGUUUCCUGGACAAGAACAAUGAUUUACUGAACAGGAACCUGAAGGAGGUCAUGUGCCAGUCGGACAACCAGAUCCUGAGUUACUGCUUCCGCAGAGAGGAAGUAAUCGACCAGAAACGUCCAGAGAUGGCUGCGUCUCAGUUCAAGAACAGCCUGAUGAAACUAAAGGAGAUCCUCAUGUCCAAAGAACCGUCCUACGUACGCUGUAUCAAACCCAACGACGCCAAACAGCCAGGACGGUUUGAUGAAGUUCUGGUGCGACACCAGGUGAAGUACUUGGGUCUGAUGGAGAACCUGAGGGUGAGGAGAGCCGGCUUCGCCUAUCGCCGUCGCUUUGAGGCCUUCCUGCAGAGGUACAAGCCUCUGUGUCCGGAGACGUGGCCCAGCUGGCCGGGAAAACUGGAGGACGGCGUGUCCACACUGGUCAACCACCUCGGCUACAAAGCGGAGGAGUUUAAACUGGGCAGAUCCAAAAUCUUCAUUCGUUUCCCAAAAACUCUCUUCACGACUGAGGAUGCCCUUGAAGCAAAAAAGCCCGAAAUCGCUGUGGUCCUGCAGAAAUCAUGGCGAGGCUACAGAGAGUGGGCCAAGUAUCGGCGCAUCAGACACGCAGUGAUUGUGAUCCAGUCAGCGUGGCGAGGGAUGAAAGCUCGCAGGAGGGCUAAGAGGCGCCGUCAGGCUGCUGAGUUGAUCCGCAGAUUCAUAAAAGGUUUCAUCUACCGUCAUGAGGAGUACUGUCCAGAAAACGAGUACUUCCUGGAUCACGUCCGCUACUCCUUCCUCAAAAAGUUGAGUAAAAACCUGCCCAGGAGCGUUUUGGACAAGAGCUGGCUGACGCCGCCUCCCUCUGUUGCUGAGGCCUCGGAGCUCCUGCAGACGCUGCACAUGCGAAACAUGGUCAUGAAGUAUUGCAGAAGGGUCCAGCCUGAGUGGAAGAAGCAGAUGAUGCAGAAGGUCGUAGCCAAUGAGCUUUUCAAGGAUCAGAAAGAAAUCUAUCCUCCGAGUGUUGGGAGGCUCUUUUUGGACUCCAGGCUCGAACGGGAACAAAUCAGUCUCAAAGUCCUCCAGACUCUCGGCAGUGAAAAAGUGCAGUACGGCGUCACCGUGGUGAAGUACGACAGGAGGGGCUUCAAGCCUCGCCCUCGUCAGCUGCUCCUCAUGAACACCUUUGCCGUGCUGGUGGACAGGACCAAGAUCAAACAGAGGAUCGACUACAGCACUCUGAGAGGCAUCUCUGUGAGCUCCUUCAGCGACGGCAUGGUUGUUCUGCACGUGCCAUGUGAGGACAGCAAGCAGAAGGGCGACGCCGUGCUGUACUGCAGCCACGUGAUCGAGCUGGUGACCAAACUCUCCAUGCUGGCCAGCAAGACCAACUACGUCAAUAUCAGCCCUGGCAGCAUUCGCUUUGCAAUGACCCGAAGCAAAGAAGGAAUAAUUGAUUUCAUCAGGGGUUCAGAGCUGAAGGUGGCCAAAGGCAAACGAGGACAUCUGCUAGUGACUGCCCCUCAGAUCAGCACCACAUGAAGAAACUGCAUCCAGAUCAACACGAAUCCUGACCGGAGGAUGAGCUGUUUGCAUUCCACAGGAAUUCACCAAAGAAUGCAAAAAUCUACUUUAUUAUAUUAAAAGAUGCCUUUAAUUAACUAUUAUUAACCAAUAAUUAUUUAAAAGUAUCACAAAAUCUUAAAAUGAAGUUGUCACUGGUUUCAAAAGCUUCAUCACUUUAUUGUCAGGCACACACACACACACGUGUAUCAAAUAU